AUGUUAUUGACAUCUUGUCUUCAGGUUGCUGCUGUGCUAAGCAUAGUAUCAGCAUCACCAAUGAGUGAUUCAUUUUUCAAGGCAGAAAGUGAUCCAAAUUAUAAUGUUGUUCCAUUUUAUCCAACUCCACAAGGUGGUCGUAUUGAAGAUGGGAAGUGGCAAGCUGCUUACCAUCGUGCAAGACAAUUAGUUGAUCAAAUGACUGUUGUGGAAAAGGUUAAUUUAACCACUGGGAUAGGUAUGUCAAAUGGUCCAUGUUCAGGUAAUACAGGAUCUGUUCCAAGAUUGGGUAUAGAGUCAUUGUGUUUACAAGAUGGCCCAUUAUCAGUGCGUAGUGCUGAUUUAACAGAUGUCUACCCUUGUGGUCUUGCUGCUGCAUCUUCAUUUAAUAAAGAUUUGGCUUACGAUCGUGCUGCGGCUAUUGGUAGAGAAUUCAAGGAAAAAGGUGUUGAUAUUUGGUUAGGUCCAGUUUAUGGUCCAAUAGGUGUUAAGGCUCAAGCUGGUCGUAAUUGGGAAGGACAUGGCCCAGAUCCUUAUCUUGAAGGUGUGUUUGCGUAUUUACAAACUCUUGGUGGUCAAUCUCAAGGUGUUAUUCAAUCUGCAAAACAUUUAGUCGGUAAUGAGCAAGAACUUUAUAGGCAAACUGCUGCUGUAGCAAAUGCUGCUUUUGGAAUCAAAUAUAAACAUAACAACACUAAUGAGCUCAACUCUGAAAUUGAUGAUAGAGCUAUUCAUGAAACUUAUUUAUGGCCCUUUGCUGAGGCUGUUAGAGCCGGUGUUGGUUCAGUUAUGUGCUCAUAUAAUAGACUAAACGGUACACAUUCUUGUGAAAACUCGCAUUUAUUAAACUAUUUGUUGAAGGAAGAAUUAGGGUUUCAAGGUUUUGUCGUUACUGAUUGGACUGCCUUACAUUCUGGUGUUGAAGCUGCAAUUGCAGGUUUAGAUAUGGAUAUGCCUGGUGAACCAAAAUAUUGGGGCCCAAAUUUAACUGCUGCUGCUUUGAAUAGCUCCGUUCCAAUUGAUAGAUUAGACGAUAUGGCUACAAGAAUCUUAGCUGCCAAAUUUGCCAUUGGGGUUAAUAAUCCAGAUGGUCCAAAUUAUAGCUCAAAUACUUUCAAAACUUUUGACUUUGAAUUCUCACCACAAAAACAAGGUUCACAGAUUCAAGUUAAUAAACACGUUGAUGUCCGUACUGAUGAAAAUCGUGCAGUUUCAUUGAGAUCUGCUAUUGAAGGUAUUGUUUUAUUGAAAAAUGAAAAUGAAGCAUUACCAUUGAAAGGUGAAAAUGGUAAGCAAAUUGCAAUUUUAGGUCAAGCUGCAGGUAUCGAUUCAAAAGGUGCAAAUUGUGCAUUUGAAGGUUGUGCUGAUGGUGCUGCAGGAACAGGUUAUGGUUCAGGUGCAGGUACUUUCAGUUAUUUUAUUACACCAGCUGAAGGUAUUGGUCGUCGUGCUCAAGAAGGUAGAUUUUCAUAUGAAUUCAUUCCAGAUUCUUGGGAUCAAACUGCUGCUGUUGAGGCUGCUUCAUACGCUGAUGCUGCUGUUGUUGUUGCUAACUCUGUUGCUGGAGAAGCAUUGGGUGAAGUUGACGGUAACCCUGGUGAUUUGAACAACUUGACUUUAUGGCAUAAUGUAAUUCCAUUGAUUGAAAAUGUUACAAGUGUAAAUAACAAUACAAUUGUCAUUAUCACUUCUGGGGGUCAUGUGGAUUUAGAACCAUUUAUUGAAAAUGAAAAUGUCACUGCAGUUUUGUUCUCCUCUUACUUGGGUCAAGAUUAUGGUACUGCUUUAGCUAAAGUUUUGUUUGGUGAUGAAAAUCCAUCAGGUAAAUUACCAUUCACAUUUGCCAAAAACAUUGAUGACUAUGUCCCAUUAAUUGACAAUAUUACUGUUGAUGAACCAGCUGAUAAAUUUGAAACAUCAAUUUAUGUUGAUUAUAAAUACUUUGACAAAUACGAUAAACCAGUUAGAUAUGAAUUCGGUUAUGGUCUUUCUUACUCAAACUUCACCUUGAGUGAUAUUAAAGUUGAAACAAUCAAACAAUUUUCAGAAGAUCUUGAGGCUGCUGCCGAUUAUACUGAAUCAUAUAGAAACGAAAAUGUCAAUUUGAAGGCUGAAGAUGCAACUGCUCCAGAUGAUUUCACCUUAAUUGAAAAUGUUACAUAUCCAUAUAUCAAAGAUACAUCAUCUAUACAAUCAAAUGGCUCAUAUGACUAUCCAGAAGGUUACGGAACAGAACAAUUAAAGAGUCCUGCUUCAUUGGCUGCUGGUGGUUUAGGUGGUAAUCCACAAUUAUGGGAUCUUGGUUAUGUUGUCACUGCUAGUGUUAAAAACAAUGGUCCAUAUGGUGGUGGUUUUGCUCCUCAAUUAUAUGUUUCAUUUCCAGAUUCAGAUGAAUUUCCAACUCCUCCAGUUCAAUUACGUGGGUUUGAAAAGGUCUUUUUAGACAAUGGCCAUAGUCAAUCUGUGUCAUUUGAAUUGACUAGAAAAGAUUUGUCAGUUUGGGAUACAAAAUCACAAUCUUGGAAAGUCUUAAGAGGUGAUUAUAAGUUUUAUGUUGGUUCUAGUUCAAGGCAAUUGGAUCUAGUUGAAACAGUCACCAUCAACUAA